GCGUUUGAAAGCCGUCGUUGGAGCUGCCAUGUGUGCAGGUUGAAUGCCCUCUCUGUUUCCUUGCAGGCCUCUUUCCCAGGGAACCUGCACUUGGUGAUGGUCCUGCGUCCCACGGGCUUUUUCCAGCGCACCUUCACGGACAUUGGCUUUCGCUUCAGCCAGGAGGAUUUCCUGCUCAAGUUACCGGUUGUUAUGCUGAGCUCAGUGAGCGACCUGCUGACAUACAUUGAUGAGCAGCAACUCACCCCAGAGUUUGGAGGCACCCUGGAGUACUGCCACAGCGAGUGGGUCAUCUUCAGGACUGCCAUAGAGAGCUUUGCCCUGACGGUGAAGGAGAUUGCCCAGCUGCUGCAGUGCUUCGGGACGGAGCUGGCGGAGGCGGAGCUGCCCGACGACGUGUUCUCCAUCGAGCGCAUCCUGGCCCUGCGCACCGAGAGGUACUGCCAGCUCAAGGAAGAUAUUACAGCAGUCACAAAAGAGGGAAACUUGCUUUUGAGCAGUUUUGAAGAGCCUGACUCUAGGGAAUGCAGUCAGGACCAGCACCACGAGAGGCCUGGGGACUGGGAGACUGUGAAUAGGUUACUUGGUCAGCUGCGUGAGAUGGAGACUGCUUUUGAUGGCUUCUGGGAAAAACAUCAGUUAAAAAUGGAACAAUAUUUACAGCUGUGGAAGUUUGAGCAAAGUUUUCAAGAGGUCAAGAAUGCCAUUGAAUUUUUAAUGGGUCAGCAAGCAGAGCUGCCCGACACUGGUGACAGUGUCCUCCAAGUGAAACAGAGGCUCAAGGACUUGGGUCAUUUUGAUGGUAUGGCUCAGGAUCUGAUAGGGAAGGCUCAGGUGGUGAUUCUACACGGACACCAGCUAGCAGCAAAUCAUCACUAUGCACUGAACUUAAUCUGCCAGCAAUGCAACGAGCUGCGGCACCAUUCUGAUGUCUUGUCUGAGGAGAUCAAAAGGAAGCAGAUGCGGCUGCAGAAGACCUUGGAUCUUCACACACGCCUUCAGCAGGCUCUGCAGUGCUGUGAUGAAGGUGCCUACCUGCUUGCCAACCAGCAGAUGGAUAAGUGCCAGUCUAAAGAAGGUGCUCAGAAAGCUCUCCAGGACAUAGAGAGAUUUCUUGAAAGCUCUUCAGCCUACUUGAACUAUGAUCCCCAAGCCCUACACUACGAUUUUGAGUCAGUUUUAACAUCUGACUUGAAGUGCCAGAUCCAGUCAGUGCAGGUCAAGCUCGAGAACGUUCGAAGCAUGUUUGAGAAUCGUCAGUCUUGCUUCAGGAAGCUCUUGGAUAAACACGUGCGGCCCGUCCAGUUAGUGGCCCCUCGGCCAGAAAAUCCACCGAGAGCAAAAUCACCUCUCUUCUCUCCUAAACAUGGUAUGGAUUUUAAUUCCAGCUUGAAAUUUUCAUUUGAUCUGUCCCUCCCUGGGAAGAAAACAUCAAGAAAAACACCAAGUUCUCGCAAGAUAGAAGUGAUGCACGACUAUCAGGAAAAACGGAAUUCCUUGCAGUAUUUUAUUUCAGACAGUGAUGACAACUUAGAUAUACUAAAAGGCCACGUCAUCAAUGAGCUUAUAGAAACUGAGAGAGUCUAUGUAGAGGAGCUCUUCACUGUUCUGACGGGCUACAGGGCGGAGAUGGAUAACCCUGCCAUGCUGCUCCUCAUGCCCCCCGUGCUGAGGAACAGGAAGGAUGUCCUCUUCGGAAACAUGCCCGAGAUAUACGACUUCCACAACAAAAUUUUCCUGCACAGUUUGGAAAGCUGCCUGGGAGCACCGGAGAGAGUGGGAUUUUGUUUCCUAGACAGGCGAGAGGAUUUCCAGAUGUAUGAGAAAUACUGCCAGAACAAGCCCCGCUCCGAGUCCCUCUGGAGGCAGUGCUCUGAAAGCACCUUCUUCCAGGAAUUUAAAUUAGAACACAAACUUGGGCUGGAUUCCUAUUUGCUCAAACCAGUCCAACGCUUGACAAAAUACCAGUUACUUCUGAAGGAGUUGCUAAAGUACAGCACGAGCUGUGAUGGAGUUCAGGAACUUCAAGAAGCUUUGGUUGCAAUGUUGGAUUUGUUAAAGUCAGUCAAUGACUCUAUGCAUCAGAUUUCAAUAACAGGAUAUGAUGGUGACCUGAGCGAGCUGGGGAAAGUAUUGAUGCAAGGAUCUUUCAGUGUUUGGACAGGACACCGAAAAGGUCCAACAAAAAUGAAGGAUCUUGCCAGGUUCAAGCCAAUGCAGAGGCAUCUGUUCCUGUAUGAGAAGGCCUUGGUCUUCUGCAAGAAGCGAGAGGAGCAUGGAGAUGGCUAUGACAAAACCUCAUCUUACAGUUUUAAGCACUUUUUGAAAAUGAAUGCAGUUGGAAUAACUGAGAAUGUGAAAGGAGACCAUCGGAAGUUUGAAAUCUGGUAUAGCGGGCGAGAAGAGGUCUACGUCGUGCAGGCCCAAACAGUAGAUCUGAAGAUGGCAUGGUUGAAUGAAAUAAGAAAAAUUUUGUUCAAGCAGCAGGAACUUAUAAAAGUGGAGAAGCAGCAGCCCAGCUCGUGCUCGGAGCAGGUCCCACUGUCCUCCCAGCUGAGUGAUGGGAAGCAGCAGAGAGCCUCCAUCAGCUCAGAGGAGAACGACUCGGAGCGCACCAGCCCGGUGCUGCUGGACAGUGGGCUUGUGUCCCCCCAGAACAAGCCCCACAGAGGCUGGCCAGGAAUGUCUCAGUCCCUGGAGAUCUGCGAGGGGCUGGAGGAGUGGUCGGGUAACCAGUACCUCUCCAACUGCUCGGACACCGAGGAGGAGGAGGGGAACCAGCUGUCUCCAGGAAAAUACAAAGCCCUUGCAGACUGCAAGAGGAGAGGAUCAGAGGACCUGCUGGUGAAAAAUGGGGAUGAAAUUCAGCUUUUGCAUGAAGAUGGUGAGGGACAGUGGUUGGUGAAAAACCUAAACAGAAGAAAAGAAGGCUGGAUUCCAGUGCACAGUCUGCAGAUAGUAGUCGGUGACUGCAGAUUUCGGAAUGCCAAAGUCGCAGAUGCUGCCCUGUGUAACACGAGAAAGUUUAGUUCCCCUUGAAUUAAGGGUGAACUAGUAGCAUCCUAUUUUCGAUGCUCUUUGGAAGCUUUCAACUCAGUGUUACAGAGAAAUAGCACAAUAGUUGGAGUUGUCCUGUACUAUUCAUCACAUUCACAGACCUCCACAGCUUCAUCUGCACUGAACGGGACCGGGGUCCUAAGCAGCUUCUCAUGCUCAUAAAGGAAGUCAUUCUCUGCUCUUUCUUUAUUUUUUUGUUUUUCUCCUAUGGAAAGUACAGUAAUUUAUUAUUUUUACCUGCUGUUUUUCCAUGACAUCCAUCCCGUUUCAUCAGAGAAGUACACUACAGUUUCCUGACACUUUGUUUAGAUGCUUGAAAUUUCCUCUACAGGUUGAAGGCUUUACCUACUUACUAGCUGACAACUAUUGAAGUUGCAAAUAAAAGAGUUGAGUUUUGGUAAACCAAAAAAAAAAAAAACAACAACCAAAAAGCAAAACCAAACCAAACAAAGAAGCUGUAUGUCCUGCUUAAUUGAUUUUAUGAAUGGAUUUUUUCUUAAAUACCUACUUCAGCUUUGUGAAUGUAAUGUUCUGUAAGAGCAUCAUCUGGCUGACUCACACGUGAAGAUGCAAUAACCCUAAAGAGCCUCUUUUUGCACUUAGGGUCUGACUCCAGCCCACUGCAGCCAGUCCCCUUGGUUUCAGUGAGGUUUGGGCCAGGUCAAACUGACAACUCAGGGUUGUCACCAAUCACUUAGGGUCCCAAAGUGUCCCAAGGCUGAAACCUGUAUCUAGCAAGUGUUGAAGUUUACAUUAAAUGUAUGUACUUUUGGAA